AUGCCAUAUUUUACGAUUGAUACAAACAUACCGCAGAAUAGCAUUUCGAGUGCUUUCCUAAAGAAGGCAUCAAAUGUGGUUGCAAAAGCACUUGGAAAACCGGAAAGUUAUGUAUCAAUCCAUGUGAAUGGUGGACAAGCGAUGGUGUUCGGAGGAAGUGAGGAUCCCUGUGCUGUAUGUGUCUUGAAAUCGAUUGGUUGUGUUGGCCCUAAAGUCAAUAAUUCGCACGCAGAGAAAUUGUACAAAUUGCUUGCUGAUGAGCUGAAAAUUCCGAAGAAUCGAUGCUACAUCGAAUUUGUGGAUAUCGAAGCGUCUUCAAUGGCUUUUAAUGGAUCUACUUUUGGAUAA